AUGCCCACCACAAGGCGAGUGCCAAAGGCAGACAGGAGUCUGGCCUGCUUUGUACAGGCCUUGGAAGGGCUGAAUGUUGUAGUAGAGCUUCACAACGAUGCUGUUGUGCGAGGCAUGCUGGAGUCAGCGGAUGAGGGGAUGAAUAUGAUCAUCAAUGGGGCCACCUAUGAGCCCCUACAAGGCUCAGCCCAGGCAAUGGACUUCCUCUUUGUGAAGGGAGCAAGGAUCAGAUACGUGCAUCUUCCUGCCAAGAUGAAUGCGGCCACCAGGGUGGAAGACAAGCAGAAGGAAGCGGCAGAGGCUAGAAGGUUGCAUGCUUUGGAGAUGGGCCAGCUGACCGCAUUACCAAAGGGAGUGGAUGCCCUGAUCGAAGAUGGAGCCAUGUCAGCGGAUGUCGUAGAGCACAAUGUAGAAGAGGGAGCUUUCCUGGGGUAG